CGCCGUCGGCUCGGCAGUUCGCUGGACAGCUCCCGGGUGCUGAAGCCAAGGACGGGGCUCGGCGUGGGGGGAACGUGGCGCCAGGCCCAGCCAUGCCUGCGGGGGCCCCGUGCAGCCUUUUCUUCGCCUCUGUCCUCCUGCUGAGGGCAUGGGCCCAGAGCUUCGGCCCGACGCGCUUCAUCUGCACCUCGGUGCCGGUGGACAUGGACAUGUGCGCCGCCUCCCUGCCGAGCAGCGGCAGCGCCGAGGAGCUGCAGACCACCGUCCUGCAGCUGCGGGAGACGGUGCUCCAGCAGAAGGAGACCAUCCUGAACCACAAGGAGACCAUCAGGGAGCUGACCACUAAGCUGGGCAGGUGUGAGAGCCAGAGCCUGCCGGAGGCGGGCCCCAGCGAGUCCAAAGCGGGCGGGGGAUCCAGCCGCAAACAGCCCGGCUCGUCCAAAAACACCAUGGGGGAUCUGUCCCGGGCGCCAGCGGCGGAGACCUUGAGCCAACUGGGGCAAACUUUGCAGUCACUCAAGACGAGGCUAGAAAACCUAGAGCAGUUUAGCAGGAUCAAUUCCUCGGGCCAGACCAACCACCUGCGGGACGUGCUUCAGAAUAAAAUAGACGAUUUAGAGAAGCAAGUUCUGUCCCGAGUGAACAGCCUGGAGGAAGGAAAGUUGACGAAGAACGAGUCCGAGGAACGCAGCAAAAUAGAGACCACGCUCACGUCCCUGCACCAGCGGAUCAGUGACCUGGAGAAAGGGCAGAAAGACAGCCGGCCGGCCGACAGGUUCCAGCUGACCUUCCCGCUGCGGACCAACUACAUGUACGCCAAGGUGAAGAGGAGCCUGCCCGAGAUGUACGCCUUCUCCGUGGCCAUGUGGAUCAAGUCCAGCGCCUCGCCGGGCGUGGGGACGCCCUUCUCCUACGCGGUGCCGGGCCAGGCCAACGAGCUGGUGCUCAUCGAGUGGGGCAACAACCCCAUGGAGAUCCUCAUUAACGACAAGGUCGCUAAGCUCCCGUUCGUCAUUAACGACGGGAAGUGGCACCAUAUCUGCAUCACCUGGACCACGCGGGACGGCGUGUGGGAGGCCUACCAGGACGGCACGCAGGGGGGCCACGGAGAGAACCUGGCUCCCUAUCACCCCAUCAAACCGCAGGGCGUCCUGGUCCUGGGCCAGGAGCAGGACACCCUGGGCGGGGGCUUCGACGCCACCCAAGCGUUCGUGGGCGAACUGGCCCAUUUCAACGUCUGGGACCGGAAGCUCAGCCCCGGGGAGAUCUACAACCUGGCCACGUGCAGCACCAAAGCCCCCGCCGGCAACGUCAUCGCCUGGUCCGAGACCAACAUCGACAUCUACGGGGGGGCCACCAAGUGGACUUUCGAAGCCUGCCGCCAGCUCAACUAGGGCUGGAGCGCGCCCCCCCCCGCCAGGAAUCAAGGACUAAAGUCUGUCCCCUCCCCCGUCCGUCCGUCUGUCCGUGCAAAGGCAACCCCAGCAACGCCCCAGGCCCCGGCCCAGCGGGGCGCGCUCCGGCCGGGGGCCGGGCCCAGCGCCUCGGGCAGCCCCCAGCGGUGAGAGGGUUGGUUCGUUCUCCUUCGCGCUGUCUCUGGAGCGCGGCGUCCCCGCUCCCAGCGCCCCCGAAGCGGCUCAUUUCUGUCUUGCCAACUUCCUUGGAAGCCUGCGUGCCUUGGGCUGGUGCCGCGCCUCAGCGCAUCUCCCUUCACCUGCGCCCUGGGCGCGGAGAGCGCGCUGCCCCUGCCCCUGCUCCCCUCCCCCGCGGCCCGUCCCCUGGGAGCCAAGCGGGGGGCGCUGGGUUCUCGGCUCCGGUCCUACCCGCACGCCCCACCCCUCAGCACCGUGGCGGUGGGGCAGAGCACGAGGCGGCCCCGACAAGUUCGCUUUGGGCCAGGGGGCGUGGGGCUGACGCAGGAGCCUCCGAUCCCCCGUUACUUUGUGGGGGGAGGCUCCUUCCGUCUUUCAGUGCCGGGGCGCGACUCCUGUUGACUUGGACUGGCUCUGCAGGAGCCCCCCCCGCGCACCCCCCCACCCACACACCUCCCCUCCUUCCUCUAUUGGGCUUGGAAGCGGAGCCGCAAACCCGGGCAGCGCUCACCCCCCCUUUCCUCGCGGGGCAGGGGGACCUGCUUUCUUUGCAAACCCCUCCGAGCGCCCAGGCUCCUUCCUUCGCCAGCCUGACCCCCCCCCUUCAACGUUUGACCAGCAGGGGCGUUUCUUGGCCAGGAACAGCCCUGCCCUGUGUCCUAGGAACUGGGGGUUCGGGGCCAGGAGACCCCCUAGGAGCCAUGUGGGAUCCUGUUCCGGCUCUGACUUGCUGAAGCCAACGUAGCCUGGGGGCCCUGCUGGGUCGCUGGCCAGUGAUUUACUGUCAGAGCGCCCAUCCGCAGGAGCCAGAGACCCGCAGGGCUGUGGGGAGCUGCGAGGGUGGGGGCAAAGCAGGAGAUUUGGCUCCUCUGGCCACAGCAGGUGCCCGAGCUCGGGUCAGGCGCUUCCCGAGCCGCCCCUCUCCCGCCGGGGGAGGCGGGUUAGCUCUGGCCUGGCUCUGAGCCCAGCGGCUCCUGUCCCACGUUUACUGGCGCGAGGUACAAAGGAAGGAGGGGCUGUUUAUGGGGCGGUCCCCCCCCCCCGCUUUGCGGCACCCCUGGGUUCCCGCAGAGGCGGCGGCGGCGGCGGGGUGAGCGGGCUUUGACAUCCCAGCGGGAGCUUCGUCUGGGUUCCCUGGGCUGCUGGCAGGGGCUGCUGGGGGCGGGCGGGCGGGGGGUUGCCCGAGCGAUGUUCAGGCCAUAGAAUGUCCCGGGGGCGCAGUCCCGGCAGGAGCGCGGCUGGGGCGGCAGCGUUAUUCCUCCCGCUCCAGCUAAACCGCUCCGGGCUUUAGACUCCAAAACACGUUCAGGUCCCGCUGGCCUUCGACCCAGCAGCCCUGCGACUUCUAGGAGCGGUCCCGUCAGCACCCCCGGAGCUGUCCCUGUAGCACCACGGCACACCCCCCCCCCGCCCCGCUGUCCCUUCAGCGCUCCGCCUGCCUCCAUCCCGAGCUCGGGCUCGCUGGGAUCUGUCCAUCCAGCAUCAGGCUGCCCCGCACCCACGCCCCGGCGAGCUCGGGGCCUGGAGUCACCCGGCCCUUGCCCUCCUUGGGCGCCCCUAAUGCCCGAACACUUUAAAGAAGGGAGAGAGGACGAAGCUCCUCCAGCGAGUCCGUUCCGCCCUGCCCCUGCUGCUCCCUGGUGCACUGACUGAACCACGCCUCUCUCAGGUAAUGUCCUUUUCUAAGAGACGAAGCACUGCAGAAGCAGUGUCUGUUCUGCCUAGCGCCACAGGCACCCUACGUGUGACAGCGUCAAAUAGCCUUGCCUGGCCCCUGAAAGUUUAGCUACCCUCAAUCUUCAGCCUUUCUGCUUUUGAUAACACAAGAUAUUAUUUAUCUUACUGUAAAAGGAAGUUUAUUACCAAUAAAAGGUAUUUUUAUGAAGGAGAAAAAAAAUAAAAGGAUAUAAAAUUAACUGAGCGUCCCUGAAAAAUACUUUAAGACUCUACAGUGUAGGUGUGUGUGUGUGGGGGGGGGGUGAUAAAGAGAAGCUUAUUUUGAAGUAAUAGAUCUAUUUUGUAUGGUUUCCCUUUACAACUUUUGGUCUGCAGGAGAUCAGCGCCUAGCCCGCUUCUGAACCCAUCUUCGGUGGUAGGGUUGGGUGAGGCAGAGAGAAUUCACACGAGGCUGAACCAGCCUCUGUGACAAACUCCAAAGAUGUGGCAAAUAAAUAUGCAACGUGGAGGGACAUGGAACAAGCAGUUCAAGGUUGAUGCUGCGCUCCAGGGCUGAUCCUACUCAAGCCAUGAGAGAGCUGGUCACAUGACCAGCCAUUUUAAAACACAGCAUUGAGAUGCAGAGAAAUCAAGUUACCUUGAUACCAAAACGUGGCCCAGGGCAGCAUAUUUUAACUGUGCUCUUAAAAAAACCCCAACAUUGUAAGUUCAGUUUGUUGAGUUAUUGACUGGAAACUGUUGGCUUCAGCUAUCAGCAGCUUAAGCACAAUUUGCUGCGGGAAAAACUAAUAAUUGGAAAAAAUAAAGCCACAGUCCUAAUUGCAUCUGAUUUGCCAAAAAGAGUGAUAUUAUGUAUAUACUGUACAGAAUGGUAGAAAAUAAAUAUAUCUUAAUUUGUCAUUAUUUUGCUAACCAAAGCUGUAAAUUUUUCCUAUGACUUGCUGUCAGUCUUUUUGGGUUUUGAAUGGGUUAUUAAUAUAUCUCACAGCCACAAUCCACAUCAGCAGUUCUGGAAAUGCACUGUUUCUACUGGUAUUCAUGCUUUUUUCAUUUUAUUGCUGAAAUUUACAUGAAUUGUUGUUUA